CCUGUCUGAGCGAGACUUGGAACCAUCGUAUUCUUGCGCAUCUAUUCUCUUUUUCCAUCUUCUUCUGGUAUUAUCGGGCAACAGUACAGUCGUUACGAGAAGCAUUGAGACCGCGGCAUUUGCAUUUUUCUGUUUUCGCAUUUGCAUUGCGUGGCGAGGCGAGAUUCGACAGAACAAAGAAACGACUUCCACUUCUGCUUCCACCAUUUGGCCAACUUCUCUCGCGACCGCCAUAGAACGCUGAUUGCACACUUGGAUCGGCAUCAUGGCGAUCCCAAUGGCGCCGCGCGAUACAACUGAUGCCUUUCUGGACUCCCUCAAGGAUCCUUUUGCUUCGGCGCUUGCCGGGGAGUCCACUCUCGCUGGUCUCAUUACUUCUAUGGUGCUUGCCGGAGCGCUGGCAUUGCUUUUCUGUUUCCUACGACCCUACAAUAACGUUGUUUAUGCCACACGAGCGAAGUACGCCGAUUCGAAACAUGCGCCGCCGCCCGUUAACAAGGGCCUUUUCGGAUGGGUGCCUCCGAUCAUGAAGACGAGGGAGCAGGACCUCGUGGAAAGAGUUGGCUUGGACGCGGCGGUCUUCAUGCGGGUUUGCCGUAUGUUGAGGAAUAUUUUCUCCAUUAUGGCCGUGUUGGGUUGCGGAAUUAUCAUUCCCGUCAACUUGAAAUAUUCCGCCCAGCAGGAGUAUGCCAACGGCGUUGGCUUCUUCUACCGCAUGAUGCCGCAGUACAUGUACGGCAGUCCGGGCUUCUGGGCAUAUGUGGUUGUGGCAUGGCUGUUCGAUAUUGUCAUCUGCUACUUUUUGUGGAGAAACUAUCGUGCAGUCGCCAAGCUGCGCAGGCAAUACUUCGACAGCGAGGAGUACCAGCGCAGUCUGUCUUCGAGGACUUUGCUGCUUACUGACAUCCCUAAAGAGCUUCGAUCAGACGAGGGAAUAGCAAGGAUAACAGAUGAGGUGAAAGCAACACACGAUAUGCCCAAGACUUCAAUUGCUCGCAACGUCAAAGACCUGCCAGAUCUGGUUGAGGACCACGAGGCAUGUGUUCGCGAGCUGGAAGAGCAUCUUGCAAAAUAUCUCAAGAAUCCUGAUCGCUUGCCAGCGACUAGGCCCACCUGCAAGCCGCACAAGAAGGACAAGUCAUACGGCAGCUACUCGAAAGGCCAGAAGGUGGACGCCAUCGAAUACCUGACUUCACGCAUCAAGGAGCUGGAGCUGGAAAUAAAGGAAGUACGGCAAUCAGUUGACAAGCGCAAUGCCAUGUCUUUCGGAUUUGCGUCUUACGAAUCUAUACCCACUGCACACAGUGUUGCAUAUGCGGCGCGCGACAAGAAGCCACAAGGCGCAUUCAUCCAUCUCGCUCCGAAGCCAAAUGCGCUCAUAUGGAAGAACCUCAACAUGCUACGCAAGCAGAGAAAGCGAGCAGAUUUCGUCAACGGCAUGUGGAUUACGGUCUUGACGCUUCUCUGGGUCGUUCCAAACAUCAUGAUCGCCGUCUUCCUCUCGAAUCUGAACAAUAUCGGAAAGCUUUGGCCUGCAUUCCAGCAAAAUCUGCAGCGGAACCGCACUUGGUGGGCCAUCGUUCAGGGUGUUGCAGCGCCAGCCAUCACUAUGGCAUUCUACUUCUACCUGCCAGCCAUCUUCCGCAAACUCUGUAUCAAGGCUGGAGACAUCACGAAGAGCAGCAGAGAACGACACGUGUUUCGCAAUCUCUACAGCUUCUUCAUGUUCAACAACCUGAUUGUCUUUUCGCUGUUCUCCUCCGUCUGGUCUUGGGUAGCUGAUCUUGUUGGAGGCAAGCCCUUUGCCGACAGCCAACCAUUUCAUCAGGUCAUGGUCGGUCUCUGUACCGUUUCUCCAUACUGGAUCUGCUGGAUGUUGCAGCGAAAUCUGGGCGCUGCGGUCGAUCUGAGCCAACUUUGGACUCUGAUCUGGGGCUCAUUCUCGCGUAGAUUUCUCUCACCGACACCACGAAGACUUAUUGAGCUCUCGGCACCUCAAGGAUUCGAUUAUGCUGGAUAUUACAACUACUUCGUAUUCUACUCUACCGUGGCAGUCACAUUCGCUACCAUUCAGCCUCUGGUGCUGCCUGUUACCGCAUUUUACUUCUGGAUGGAUUCAUUUAUGAAGAAGUACCUCAUCAUGUACGUCUUCAUCACGAAAUACGAAUCUGGAGGCAUGUUUUGGCGCUCAGUAUACAACCGGAUCUUAUUUUUGACAUUUUUCGGCAACUUGAUUGUCGCCUUGAUCAUUGCCGCGCAGGCCAACACUUUCUCCGAAGUAAACUGGUCAAUGCUUGGAUGUCUGGCACCACUUCCGUUCCUCAUCAUUGGAUUCAAAGUGUACUGUAAGAAGACUUUCGACGAUUACAUUCACUACUAUCAAACUGGCAAGGCGAUGCGCGAUUCAGAGUAUCAUGCUGGAGUCACGGAUGGCAAGAAGCGCAAGGGCGACAAGAUCGCUAUUCGAUUUGGCCACCCGGUGCUGUACAAGCCCUUGAUCACGCCGAUGGUGUCGUCAAAGUCACAGCACCUGCUUAAGCAGAUCUAUACCGGCCGCACGUCACAGGAGGCGGAUACCGCCACCAUUGCAGGCUACAAGGAUGUCUACAUGGACAGUAUGGAUCACGCGAACCCUGGCAAAACGAAAGUUUCAGCUUCUGGCCCAAUGGGCUGGGAGGUGGUCAACGAGAACCAGAUGGACUUCGAGCACUACAAGAACCGACCCGAGUUCCGCGACGAAGCAGGCGGAGAAGGUGAGCUAUACGGUCGCGACGGCGACAUCAUUCGACCUGGUACACCAAGCAGCGUCAUGACCGGAUUCACAAGAACAGGCACCUGGGAAUCAGACAUGAACGGUGUCGGCCACGGUCACAGCCGCAGCAUAUCUCAACCUUGGGUCCAAAGCCGCAGCCGCAGCCAAUCCCGAGAUCCCAACUCUCGGGAUUCCUCUACAACACGAGUCGCCGAAGGUGGCUACACGAUGCCUGCAGGCUACCACCAAACCCCAGCCAUGCGAGGCGAAUCACCCAUGGGAAUGGGACGAUCAAACAUGAGUCGCCCAGAAUCCCGGGAGCGCCUUUUCGGCAGCGCCGCUGGUAUGGGCCAAAGCAGUCCUGGAGAACAUCCUCUGAUGCAGACUGGUACGCCAGGUGGAUACGGUCCGGUCAGAUAUGGAAAUGUUCCCGGUGAUACACCUGGUUACCAUUCUGGGGAUGAGGAUACGAGUUAUGAUUAUUUCCGGCGUGGAAGGACGCAGGGAAGAUGAUAGAUUUUUUUUUUCUCGAAAAGCUUUUGCGUGUGUGUGUACAGAAUGAGAAUGGAAAUCUGGGGCGCCAGUUGCGAGGAUGUAAUAAUUCAAGAGAACUUCGGAAUGCGAAGGGCGCGGCGGCAUGUGAUGAUUCAAAGUUUGAGGGUUCUUGCAUUGUUUUACCUCACGACUACAGCUAGAGAUGUGAUAUGACCACUGCCUUUGCGAGAGCAAGGAAUUAAAAAAUUUGAAGAAU